AUGUGCACUGUUGACGAUUAUUGGGACAUUAUUCGUACUGUUGAACGAGAAGCCACAUCCUUCAACCCGAGAUUUACUGCAAUAUCGCUUGCCAUCAAUUUUCGGAUCCCUUGCAACCCUGGAUAUAUUUUCACUAUUCCAGACGGUCGCUCACCCACAAUCUACGAUCAAAACGGGGACUUGAUCUGGCAAGAACAGCGCAAUGCAUUAACUCAAAACCUCCGCGUGCAGACCUUUCGCGGUCAGGAGUACCUCACAUAUUGGACAAAAGAGCUAUUUGGCCCUGGUCGCUAUUAUAUGCUUGAUUCUACCUAUACUGAAAGGUAUAUCGUUGCUCCCGUCGGCACGAUAAUUGACUCGCUGCACGAUUUUACAGUAACAGGCCACGAUACUGCCCUGAUAGCAGCACACUACAAACGCCGAGCUGAUCUCUCCGCUCUCGGUGGGCCUGAGGAAGGAUGGAUUCUGGAUGGAAUAUUUCAAGAAAUCGACAUCGUGACCGGAAAUUUGCUGUAUGAGUGGCGUGCUGCGGAACACGUCGCCAUUACAGACACAUUCAAAUUACUCGAUGAUGGUGAAGGAACGGAGGAUCACCCGUUUGAUUAUUUCCAUAUCAGCGGUGUCGAUCAAGCCCCUUCAGGCGACUACCUCGUUUCAUCGGGGCAGAUGCGCUCUGUGAUGUCGAUUGAUGCCAGUACUGGCCAAGUUCAAUGGAACCUGGGCGGGCACGCAAAUAAAUUUAGGGAUUUUGGUGACCGUCCGGUUGUUGAUUUCACAUGGCCGCAUAAUGCGCGAUGGGCCGAAAAUGAAACUCUGACGGUGAUGGACAAAGGAGGACCAGUCACGAGGAGUCGUGGCAUGACCAUUGAGAUCAMCCCGCAUACGUCGSGAGCCGUUCUGCAAGAAACUUAUAAUGGCCCGACAGAGGUACAGAAGCUCUCUGGAGACAUGCAAAUUUCUCAGAAAACAGGGAAUGUACUCAUUAGCUGGGAGGGAGGUCGUGCGCUCAGUGAGUUUACCUCUGGCGGUAAACUACUAUGCGACCAUCGUCUCCUCGACCCGCUGUCUAUUUUUGACUUCUUGAUGACUACGCCAUCCCGUGCUUCCAAACACACAUGGACCGGCAAGCCACUGACGAAGCCGGUGAUUAAGAUUUCAGGACACAAAUUGCAAGUUCACUGGAAUGGAGCCACUGAAGUCGCUGGAUGGCAGCUUGAUCUUAAGGAAAAGUUUUCCUUAUCCGAAGCUGAUGCUUCCCCUUAUCUUGAGAUUGGCUGCUACAGAAAGACCGGGUUCGAGACUUUGCUUAUUGUCCCACCACUCAAGGGCAAAAGUCGCUAUUUUCUCCGCGUUGCGGCUCUGGACCAGCAGGGACAGAUUCUAGGCUAUACGGAUGAUGUUGAAUGGCAACAGGCGUGGACCGGGAGCGAACUGUCCCAGUCGCAGUUCCGAGUUCUAGCUGGUUGUGACGUGAAAAUGAGCUCCAUAAUCGCAAACCUCGGCCUCACGGCCACAAACUAUACAUCCGCGUUUCUCCUCUGGAACUAUGUCUACGCUUACAUGCUUACAUCCACUCGCGCCCUUAAAUUUCGCGCUGGGAUCGACCACAACGUAAGUCCGCGCUAUGACCUGGCCAAGUAUGGCGAACGCGCCGUCGCAGAGGGCAAAAUGACCCGCAAGCGGCUUGGGCAACUCCAGCGAGCGGCAUCGGCGCAUGCCAACUCUAUCGAGACCUAUACUUUGUUUGCUAGUACCAUCGUUCUGAUGAACGUGGCCAAACUCGAUGCUGAGACGAUCAAUCUUGUUGGCUUGACCUACUCCAUUCUCCGUAUAGGUUAUGUGCAGGCGUACUUCUACAUUGAGGACCACAGGUUGAGCUUUUUACGGUCUAUCCUGUGGCACUUGAACAACUUUAGCUGCUUUUAUGGGAUCUGGUUUGCUGGAAAGGCUCUACAGGCAUAG